UAGAACUCCGUCUGAGACGAAUUUAUAAUCUGCUUCAUAUUGGCUAUUAGAGACUCGACACCCAAACAUGAGUGGACGUGGAAAAGGCGGUAAGGGGUUGGGAAAAGGAGGUGCUAAACGUCACCGCAAAGUACUACGUGAUAACAUCCAAGGUAUUACCAAACCAGCUAUUCGUCGUCUUGCACGUCGUGGCGGAGUUAAACGUAUUUCUGGUCUAAUUUAUGAGGAGACAAGAGGCGUACUUAAAAUAUUUCUAGAGAAUGUUGUCCGUGAUGCAGUUACAUACACCGAACACGCAAAGAGAAAGACGGUCACAGCAAUGGACAUAGUCUACGCUCUAAAGCGCCAAGGACGUACUCUAUAUGGUUUUGGUGGUUAGCCAGUCAACUAUUCCCGCCCAAACAGACAAGUUGAUGAAAAUCGACCACCUGUCGAAUAUUUUAACAUUUCAGCCACUUCGCGGUAUGUGUGCAUACCAACAAUUGCAUAGAACCAAACAAGAAUUUAAAGAAUCGAUAACAUUUGAAUAGCGGAAUUGUAUUUUUGUAUUUAUCGUCUGUAUAUUUUUGUGAAUAAACUCUCGUUAAAAAUA